AUGGAUAAGCUUCAGUACAGCAAAUGCCCGCUAAAAAAGCGACCGAUUCCGGUGGAGCACACGCACGAGGAUCAGUUGAGUCAUGACGAAGGACCCGUUGAUCUCAGUGUGGCUGCCGCUGCAGUGCCGCUCGAUCAGACCGUUCAGUGGUCCAAUAAAACGGAGCCCCAGCCGGUGACUACAGAGUUGCGUAAACGCUUCGAUGCAGCCAUGACGCAAACCAAAGAGCAGCUGGCGCGACGCAUUUGGGAGGAGACGCGUGAGAUUGCGCGUGCCUUUCCCGAUGUCUUCACCCGCGAAGAGAUCGCCAAGAGUCUAGUCCGCCUAGGUUAUGGUGAUUUUGACCUGCCACCAGAGGAUGAGGUCAUGGAGCCAGAAAUAGAUACUCCCUACUCGAACGUCACCCCACCACCUGCGGAGUCCAUCGUCAAGGUGGAGCAAACAGAGCUGGACUACACUGAAGAGCAGCAGCAGGCUCAGAUGUUUGGCCUGCGUAACUACAACAACAAUCUGCUGAAGAGCAUAGCCGACUAUGAGGAUUGCAUGAAAAUUCCAAGCCCACAAACACAAUCCAUCGCUUAUGGCAGCUACAAAGAGCCUGUGCAGCCGGAAGAUUUGAGUCUACGGCCCGAACUACCGCAGCGACGCGUGCUAAGUGAGAAUAUCAAUUUGCACAAUGUGGCACGCGCGCUUCUAAGUAUGCAACACAUGGCGCCAGAGCAACACAUGGAGCCCGAACAUUGUGUGGACGUGGACGUGGAGAACGACGCGGGCGCCCACUUGAACAUGAAGAUCAAGAGCAGCAACGAUCUCUACUACCAGUGUCAGCAAUGCAACAAGUGUUAUGCCACCUAUGCCGGCCUGGUCAAGCAUCAGCAAACACAUGCCUACGAGAGCACCGAGUACAAGAUCAUACGCAGCAAUCCAAGUGGAUCGGGUGGUCCGAUUGUGGAUCAGACCGAGUUCUGCACCGAUCAGGCCUCGGCCCUGAUUCAGGCGGCCAAUGCAGCCUCGGCGCAGUCCAUGCAGAAGCCGGUGGGGGUGCCGCGCUAUCAUUGCAAGGACUGUGGCAAGUCCUACUCCACCUACUCGGGUCUGACCAAGCACCAGCAGUUCCACUGCCCGUCCGCCGAGGGCAACCAGGUGAAGAAGGUGUUCAGCUGCAAGAACUGCGACAAGACCUACGUCUCGUUGGGUGCCCUCAAGAUGCACAUCCGCACCCACACGCUGCCCUGCAAGUGCCCCAUCUGCGGAAAGGCCUUCUCGCGUCCGUGGCUACUGCAGGGCCACAUCCGCACGCACACGGGCGAGAAACCCUUCAGUUGUCAGCACUGCAAUCGCGCCUUCGCCGACCGCUCCAAUUUGCGCGCCCACAUGCAGACGCACUCGGACGUGAAGAAGUACUCGUGUCCCUCCUGCACCAAGUCCUUCUCGCGCAUGUCCCUGCUGGCCAAGCAUUUGCAAGGUGGCUGCCAGCCCUCGCCCGGGGCCGUGGACCACCAGUCAGCAGUGGCCGGCUUCAAUCAGCAGCAGUUGCAACAGCAUCUGCAGGGUCUGGGCGGCCGGGACAGUUACUCCCCCAGCGGCAGCUACGAGGGCGCACCUCAUCAGGUCUACUACGCGGGCAGCGUGGGCAGCAGCGGCGGCGAGGACGAGGAGGACUACGGCAUGCCUCCACAAAUGGGGGCUCAAGCCUCAGUGCUCUACUAA